AUGGCCAACAAGAAAAAGGCCCAGGCCCCCAAGGAGAAGGGAGAGUGGCCCGCUGGCCGGAAGUCGCCAGAACAGCCCAGCAGCCACAAGAGGCCAGAUGCUGCGGCAGAGGAGCCUGAUACUGAUCUCGCUCAAAUCACGAAGUCCUUCUUCAUCCUCAGUGUGCUGGGCGUGGCAUCAUGCGUCUCCCAAGCAGGUCUCUCCCCAGUAUUUGGCGGCAUUCCAACGUCGAUAUACCACUCCUACCCCGUCAUGGCGGGAUGUUUCCUGGGCUGGGCUGGGAAUGUGGCUUUGGGACAACUCCCUUUCAAACCAGCCGAUGCCCUGCCCAUCAUCGCACUUUAUCUCCCGACAGUGCAGUUCUUUCUGUCCAGGUACAGUGACACCCUGGGCAACCCCUGGGGCCCAGUUGUGAUUGAGAGCUUGACUCUCUUCCCUCUUGCACUCUUCUCUGCGGCCUCGGUUGCAGACUAUCUGGAGGGGGUGAAAAUCCCCAUGCUCCCAAAGGCCUUUGGCGAUGCGGUUCCGGGGAUGGGUUCUUGGGCAGUGUUCAAAUUCGUGGAGACUCUGUUCCACGCCCAUCUGCCCCUCAUCGCCUCCAAGGGUUUCCUCUACACCCGCGUGGGGCUGAGCUUGGUGAUUGGGGGGCUGUACACGCUCUUCUCCCCGUCAAAGUACAUCGUGCUAGCCGUGCCGGCGCUGCUGCACACGGCCCUGUGGAAUACCAAUGCGAUGAUCCCGGCAGCGACGCAGAGGCUGAAUAACACUCUCCUGGCGGACAACUGGAUGCUCUUGGAUCGAAGGGAGUCCGUGACUGGCUACCUGUCGGUCCUCGAGAGCGUCGACAGGCAUUUCCGAGUUAUGCGGUGUGACCACAGCUUGCUGGGUGGGCAGUGGAAUGUUGCCAACGGCCUCAAGGUGCCGGAGCCCAUAUAUGGUGUCUUCGUCAUGCUGGAAGCUGUCCGCCUUGCCGAAUCGCAGCCCAAGGUUGCUGACACGGACGCAAGUGCGCUUGUCAUCGGCCUUGGAAUUGGAACCACUCCAUCCGCGCUGGUGUCUCACGGCAUUGACACCACCGUGGUUGAGAUUGACCCUGCUGUGCACGAUCUUGCUGUGAAGCACUUUGACCUCAAGCAGAACCGCGAGCCGGUUUUGAAGAAUGCCGUCAAAUACACGGCUGGCCUUGUUGAGCAAGGCAACCAGACCUUCGACUACGUCAUUCACGACGUCUUCACCGGUGGUGCCGAGCCGGUAGAUCUUUUCACGCUGGAGUUCCUUGAAGGCUUGAGUGCCCUUUUGAAGCCCGAUGGCGUAAUUGCGAUUAACUACGCUGGAGACUUCAAGCUCCCGGCUCCCAAGGUCAUCGUCAACACGAUCACAACUGUCUUCCCGACCUGUCGGUUCUUCCGUGAGAGCGCCGUCCAGGAGACAUCCAAGGAGCAAGAUGGCACCGACUUCACCAACAUGGUCAUCUUCUGCAAGAAGACCGAGGAAAAGCUGACCUUCCGCAAACCCGUCGCGCAGGACUUCCUCCGGAGCCGCGCUCGCGAAGUAUUCCUCGAGCCCAAGAACGAGGUUCAGCAGGCUGAUCUGUUCGGGGACAAUGAUGACGCCCAGCUCCUGAAUAAGAACAACACUGACAUGAUGACUGGGUGGCAUCACACCAGCGCUCUCGGCCAUUGGACUAUUAUGAGACAGGUCAUCCCGACCAAAAUUUGGGAACUUUGGUAA